AUGAGCAGAGGUGGUUAUGGUGGGCAGGGUCAGUAUGGUAACGAAUACGGAGGAGGGUAUCCACAACAACCAUAUGGCCAACAGCAACAGUAUGGUCAACCACAAUAUGGUCAGCAACAAGGUUAUGGUCAACAGCAAUAUGGGCAACAACAGAAUUAUAAUCAACAGUCAUAUGGACAACAACAACAAUAUAAUCCAAAUGUGCAACAAAAUGUAGAGAUGACUCAGGUCAAUCCGGAUAAUAUCAAUGGAUUUUUUGACGAGGUUUCGUCAAUUUCUGAUGUGAUCCGUCAAAUAAAAAGCAACAUUAGCCGUAUUGAUGAAUUUCAUUCACGUUCCUUGGGAACAAUCAAUGAAGAUGAAGCCACUAAACGUCAACUUGAUUCCAUUAUCGUAGAAACGCGUCAACUUCUUGUUAAAGUUAAAGAUAGAAUUAAAAAAAUAGAAGUCUCAAAUUUAAAGGCUAGUCCUGCGGACCUUACAGUUCGAAAGCAACAGACAGGUAAUCUACGUCAAAAAUUUAUGGAUACUUUACAAGAAUACCAACAAGUUGAAUUUCAAAAUCGCCAAAAGUUUAGAGAGCGUAUGGAAAGGCAAUAUAAAAUUGUUAAACCCAAUGCGACACAAGAUGAAAUUGAUUCAGCACUGGACAAUGACGACGGUGGACAGAUUUUCGCACAAUCGCUCAUGAAUUCAACAAGAUACGGUGCAGCAAAGGAUGCAUUACAAGAAGUGCAAAAACGACACGAUGAUAUCAAAAAGAUUGAAAAAACCAUUGAAGAACUUGCGAAUCUUUUCCAAGAAAUGCAAAUUUUAGUCGAGGCACAGGACACACAAGUUACUCAAAUUGAAGAAAACGCUACUCAAAUACAAACCGAUAUGGAGCAGGGUGUUGUCCACGUGGAAAAAGCUUUAGAUAGUGCACGAUCCGCAAGAAAGAAAAAAUGGUAUUGUUUCUUCAUUGCCAUAGUUCUCCUAGCAAUAUUUGCUGCAGUAUUAUACAUUUAUGUUAUUAAACCCAUGCUUAACAAGCAAAAAUAA